UCAUAAAUCGGGUUGGGGCCGGAGACAAAUCUCCGGCAACGGCAAUAAUCACUAAAAAUCAUCAUUUUUCCCGCCAAGCCAAAGCUUUCACCCAGCGCUCUCCCUUUUCCCUCUAAAAAACCUUGAGAUAAACCCCCACCGGCAGCCGCCGCCACCACCGCCAUCACGAGGCGCUGCUGGUUGAUGUUAUCACUCCGGUCAUGCUGUUACAGUGCGGCUUACACCAACGUACACUCUCGCCCUAUCGGACAUUCUCUUCUUAAAUUAUCUCACCCAUUAUCACUUCCCUCUCCUUUUCUCUUUCUCAUACAAUCUGCCAAAUACUCCAACAGGAUGUCAUCGUCUCGUCCCUCCGCCUUCGAUGCACUCAUGUCCAACGCUCGUGCUGCUGCUGGCAAGAAAAAGACCCAGUCGUCUUCCCCUUCCCCCAAGAAACGAAAAACCCUAGAUUCAAAAUCCCCAAUUAAUUCGACUUCAAUUAGCGAUGCUAAACCUCCCGAAGUCUCACCAAAACCCGAGAAAACGUUGGAUGUGAAACAAAUCAAAGAAGAAAGCAAUUUGUCGAAUGGGUCCAAACAAAAUGAGCCAAACCCUAAUUUGGCAUCCUCCGAGGAAGAAAAGGCCUCCAAGAAACCACGGGUGAUUAAUGUGGAUGAAAGUAUUGCUCAAUUGAAGAAGGCGGCAGCAAAUUUUGAUCCCCAAAAGGCAGCGUUUUGGGGGGAAGGAGAAAGAGUGCCGUUCCUGUUUCUUGUCAGGGUGUUCGAUGCAAUUUCUAAAGAGUCGGGUCGGAUUGUGAUCACCGGAAUUGUUUGUAAUAUGCUAAGGACUGUGAUUAAGACAACACCUGAUGAUUUGCUUCCGGUUGUAUACCUUUUGGCCAAUAGAAUUGCGCCAGCUCACGAGGGACUGGAGCUAGGAAUUGGGGAUGCUUCCAUUAUCAAGGCACUUGCUGAAGCUUGUGGUGCAAAAGAAGCACAUAUUAAAAAGCAAUACAAGGAACUGGGAGAUUUGGGUCUUGUUGCCAAAGCAAGCAGAUCAUCCCAACCUUUGAUGCGUAAACCUCAACCAUUGACAGUUACUAAAGUUUUUGAUACAUUUCGGGUUAUUGCCAAGGAGUCUGGCAAGGAUAGUCAAGAUAAGAAGAAAAAUCACAUCAAGGGACUUCUUGUUGCAGCAACUGACUGUGAACCUCAAUAUAUGAUCCGUCUACUUCAGACAAAAUUGCGGAUCGGUUUAGCAGAGCAAACUCUCUUGACUGCCUUGGGACAUGCAAUUUUCUAUACUGAAAAACAUCCAUCACCUCCAGUGCACACAGAUUCACCUCUAGAAGAGGCUGCUAAAAUUGUGAAACAAGUAUAUUCUGUAAUUCCCGUGUAUGAUAAAAUUGUCCCUGCUCUUCUUUCUGAUGGUGUAUGGAAUCUGCCCAAGACGUGUUGCUUUUCACCCGGUGUACCAGUUGGACCUAUGCUAGCUAAGCCAACUAAAGGGGUAUCUGAGAUUUUAGAUAAAUUUCAGGAUAUGGAAUUCACUUGUGAAUACAAGUAUGAUGGGGAACGGGCUCAGAUACAUUAUAUGGAGGAUGGCACAGUUCAGAUAUAUAGCAGAAAUGCCGAAAGAAAUACCGAAAAAUUCCCUGAUGUUGUUGUUGCUGCUUCAAGAGUUAAAAAACCAAGUGUAACGUCGUUUGUUCUGGACUGUGAACUGGUUGCAUAUGACCACAAGAAGCAAAAAAUUCUCCCUUUCCAGAUUCUAAGCACACGUGCUCGGAAAAAUGUCGUCAUGAGCGAAAUCAAGGUUGAUGUAUGCAUCUACGCAUUUGAUCUGUUGUAUCUAAAUGGACAACAGCUUUUACAGGAACAACUUAGUACGCGUAGAGAGCGUCUCUAUGAAUCCUUCAGGGAAGAACCUGGAUUUUUCCAGCUUGCAACAGCCAUAACAUCAAACGAUCUGGAAGAAAUACAAACAUUCUUGGAUGCUGCUGUGAAUGCCAGUUGCGAGGGAUUGAUUAUCAAAACAUUAAAUCGGGAUGCUACGUAUGAGCCUGCAAAGCGAUCAAAUAACUGGCUCAAGUUGAAAAAAGACUAUAUGGACAGUAUUGGUGACUCGUUAGAUUUAGUACCCAUUGCCGCCUUCCAUGGCCGAGGAAAGCGUGUAGGUGUAUAUGGCGCAUUUCUCCUUGCUUGUUACGACAGUAAUAAUGAUGAAUAUCAAACAAUUUGCAAGAUUGGCACCGGAUUUUCGGAAGCCAUGCUUGAAGAGCGGUCUACCAGUCUUCGUUCUAAAGUGAUCCCAAAGCCAAAGUCGUACUACCGGUAUGCAGAUACUAUAAACCCCGAUGUGUGGUUUGAGCCAACUGAGGUUUGGGAGGUUAAAGCUGCAGACUUGACCAUCAGCCCUGUUUAUCGUGCUGCAAUUGGUGCGGUUGAUCCUAAUAAGGGCAUUUCACUAAGAUUCCCGCGUUUACUUCGUGUGCGUGAAGAUAAGGGUCCCGAGGAAGCUUCAUCUUCAGAUAUGGUUGCUGACAUGUAUAAUGCUCAGAAACAUACCCAACAUAACAAUCAAGAUGACAACGAAGAUGAAUGAAACGAUCACAGGCAAGUCUUCUGCAAUCCUUUUAAGUAGACGACGAUGACUCUAAAUUCUUAUUCUUGCAAUUUGUGUAAAUGCUAAAAAAGCAGUUCUAUAUGAUUCCUGGAUUAUAAUCUGCCAUGAAACUGAGGAUUUUGAUUGAAAUUUAACCUUGGAUUCCAGGUUACCCAACUUAGGCUAUCGUGUAUC